AUGAGCUCCCACCGCAAGUCAUCCCACGACCGCCAUGGCUCUUCGAGAGGCACCCCCCAAACGUCUUACGUUGAGGGAUCUGCCUCUCGCCCCCAAACGUCUUACGUUGAGGGAUCUCGACAGCCUCAAGCCGGUCCUUCGCGUUCACGACGCGCCGCGCAACCGUCGGCCGCAUCGACUAGCCGCAGCCAAAAUGCGAAACGGCAGCCCCGUCCUCUCACAAUGGAGGAGUACGGCGAAGUUAUGAAUCCCGAACUCCCUUCGCACUCCUGGAGACUUGUCCCUCGAAGCCAAUUGGGCCCCCAAGAAAUACCACCGCACUCCAAGUUCUAUCAUGGACUUGUCCGCAACCUGCCCGCAGUAUAUACUGUACUCAAUGGCAAUCGAGAAUUCAUGACUAGGAUCCCUCGAGACUUAAAAGCUCCUUCAUCCCCCGAAACGCUCGACGGAGAACUUCACCAGACAGCUUGGGUCGACCUCGAAAUGCCUCAUCUUCUCUUCCUUCCACGCACCAACGUGUUCACGGGACCAUUGCUGCAAAGUUUGAAGAUGACCACACGGACGGUCCCAAUCGAGCGUCGCACCACUCAUGUCUUUUCGGUUGCCUCGCAAUCAAUGGUGUCGACGAGACAUUGGGUCAUGGCCGCUAAGCCUCUCAAAAGAUGGCUGCGAAUUGAGGCAUUCCUACAAAAAUGUCUUCUUUGGCUCGAACGUCGAGUACGCGAGGCUGGUCCUCUUGACUAUCGUGGUUCGCGGCACCGUGCACCAGUGUUUUUUGGAUAUAGCCAUCGCUACGAAUCCGAGCACAACUUGGUGGCUGCUGUUCUUAAUUCACGCGACGCGUUUCUUCCGCUUCUGGCCACCAUCUCACUGAGAAUCCUCACUCUCGACGCCGUGGCUCUCAAAUCUUCCACCGCAGCUAACUCAUGGCGAAAUGACUUGGUGCCCUUGUAUUUCUCGAUGGGUUCGACAAGUGUCGCCAAGCUAGCCUCACUUUCCUCGAUGCAGAUUGUGCAUUUCGAGCCGUCGGAUGCCGACGUUGAACGGCUGAGGAAAGAGCUUUCGGGUCGGGACGCAUAUAUCGAGUGGUUGCUCGUGCGGAGCAAUAUUCGCCGAUGGGGUGUCCUUCCCAACCACGAUUGCGUCGUUGACGACCUGUCUCAUCAUCUUCCUGCGGCUCCAAAACCACCCGCCGUUGAGAGAGGCAGCGGCCAAAACCGGGGGGAAAACUGGGAUGCUUUUUUUGCCAGACGACGGAUAGACAAUGCGCUAAAGGAAGAGUUAGAACUCCAUUCGCAAAGAGAAGCGCGACUGCGACGAGAAAAUCUGGCUGCAAAGGGAGGAGGGAUUGGCAAAAGAGGUGCUCGUGUAUUUGUCUGGAGUGAUGAAGGGGGCGGGUUUUGGCAACGCAUCUACGAUGGCUUUUCAAACGAGUGGGAUCUCUGCGGAGCAAUCAAGUCGGCUGGAGAUUUAUCCUCCUUCAAUUACUUUGACGACGACGAUGACGACGACGACGCCAAUGACAAAAACAGUGGUCUAUAUAGUGACGUUGUCCAUCUCGUUGAAGAAACACGCGCCGUGGUAGUGAAAGAGACUACCAGUCUUACAGUAGCCACUCAAAAUCUUCUUCAAGAUAGCGUGGCAGUUGAGGAGGACGUGCAGACAUUCUUCGAGCAAGAAAUUCAAGUCGGCAACACAGACGAAGAUGAUCCAUCGCGCGUGAGCCAGCUCGACGAGAUUCAAAGUACCCUCGAACUCCGUUUUGGGCAUCAAUCGAUUGACGAGCCUUUUGACAAAGUGCUGGAUGAAAGGGACUGUCGCAGGGCUCUGGGGAACGGCAAAUCCACCAAGCCGCUUACGGCUUCUGCCAAAGCAUUGCUUUUGACUCUGGUUGAUGCUAAAAAACUGGACGAUAUCCCUGAGCAUCUUAUCGACAUUUGCCGAGCCGAUUCCAGAGCCACGCUGUGGGAAGAUCGAGGCGUUGACAUCAAGAAGGCCUUGUUUGCGGUGUCUAUCCCGUACAAUUGGAUCAGUUGGAUCGCACGAAGGCGACAGGCCAUCAGAUGAAACACAUCUCAUGGUGGCCUACUCCGCCUUCGUUUUACACAUCUGGGUUGCAUGUAGGAUGGUGGACAUCUGACUGUGAAGAGUGGUUCCAAGAUCUCCUUACAAAGAUGGAAGCUGGACGGGGAGAGCUGCGUAGCCAGAUGCAGUGGAGGAACAAAACUCGGUUCCACCAGAAGUCUUUGCGCAUCUUCAAGUCUCAGAACCAUCUGGCCACCGAGUAUCUCCAAGGCCUGCUGUAG